UCAAGUUCAAGUUGAAGUUCGAGCUCAGCUUCAGUUGGUCACGGACGUGGAAUAGCACAAUCCCGUCCACACACAGGACGCUGAUUUGUCCUGUUCCUGCGUCACAUCUGAACUAUUAUGAGCAUACCUGGUAGUAGCUUGUACCGUGGUAAAGUCUGAUUUGCCCUGCAUUGCGCGUAGAGAAAGAAUUGUCAUUUUUCUAAAGUCGUGCCUCGAUUGCUACCCUCCUAGCUGUCGAUUUUCUGUAUCAGGAACCUACCAGCAGUGACCGCGACUGUCGAGGCACCUUGCUCCCUAUCAGCCUCUUAUGAUGGCGUCUGAAAUACUGCAGCCCUUCCUAGGGGCUCUACAAGCCUCGUUAACCGUCCUUCUGGAUGUUUUCUAUGGCGUGGUUGCUGCCCAAUUUGGGCUUUUGGACGAUAACUCGGCUAAUGCCAUCUCCCAUGCCGCCAUCAAAAUGUUCUUACCUGCUCUGAUGUUCACCCGCAUUGGAUCCCAAGUGCAUCUCGAGUCUGCCACCAGGUACAUUCCUAUUAUUAUUUGGGGAAUCUUGUACCAUGUGGCCGCGAUUGGUGGCACUCUGGCCAUCUCCAGGAUGUUCAAGCUUCCUGCUUGGACCACUCCAGCGAUUUCCUUCAACAAUGCCAUCUCAAUGCCCUUGCUGUUGAUUCAGUCGCUCGAAGUCACCGGUGUGCUUGAGCCGCUUACCGGACCCGGGGACAAAAGCCCUUCUGAGGCAGUUAAACGUGCAGAGUCGUACUUCCUGGUGUUCGCCAUGGUUGCCAACGGCAUCGUUUUUGCCAUUGGAGGAAACCUGUUGAGCAAGAAGAAAGACCCGGAAGACCGCGAGAAUGGCUCGGCCGACGGAAACGAGGAAGACGAUGAACCAGCCGAGCAUACUUCCCUGCUCCCCGACUCUGCAGUGCGGCACCAUUUGACCAUCCAAGCAAAGGCGCAGAAGAAGCUGGACGAGUAUAAUAACAAGCUUCCACCCUGGGCGCAGAAAAUCUGUCAUUAUUUGUACAUGUUCUGCAAUGGACCUCUGUUCGGCGCCGUGAUGGGGUUCGUCGUCGGCAUCAUUCCUGCCCUCCACAAGGCCUUCUUCAACGAGACUCAAGAGGGUGGAUAUUUCAAUGCAUGGCUCACCUCCAGUUUGAAGAACAUCGGCGACCUGUUCGUGGUUUUGCAGGUUGUUAUAGUCGGAGUGCAGCUGGCGACCAGCUUGCGUAAGUUGAAGGAGGGUGAGGAAUCAGGACCCGUGCCAUGGGUGCCCAUGGUUUUUGUUCUGGCCGCGAGAUACCUCAUAUGGCCUGCAAUUGGCAUCGCCAUCAUCUAUGGGUUUGCGGCCAAGACGAACAUCUUCGGAGACGACAAGAUGCUGUGGUUUACCAUGAUGGUCAUGCCAUCCGGACCGCCGGCGAUGAAGCUGUUGGCCCUGGCCGACACCAGCGGUAUCGAGCACAAGGAAGUCAUGUCCAUUUCAAAGCUUUUGACGAUUGCACACGUUGCCGCACCGUUGAGCUCUCUUGCGGUGGUGGGAGCCCUGAAAGCAGUGGAAAAGAUUGGAGGAAGUUCGUAGGAAGGAUAAAUGCAAGGCAGCCAGUAUUUACGGUGGUGGCACUGGGUACGGAUCGACGUCGCCAGGGUCGAACCACAGCCAGAAAGCCUGUCACAUUCACCGGACAGCCUCAACGCCCUCAUGGUCCUCGCCAUCCUUAUCAAAUAAUGCUUUGCAUGGGUCGGCUUGUGUGGCUCCUAGCAGCUUGUCAGUUGUCAGUUGCUACUUACUAGUAGUCAAAAAGUUUAAAAUGUCAAAAUUAUGAACUGCAA